AUGGUGUCCCCAGAGAUCGAGCGGAGUAAAGGCAGACGGCCGCCCUCGUCUAGACCCCCGCCCGCCUCAGAGGCCAUGGUGACGGAUGGCUUUGUUCUUCCUACGCUCGACGUGCCUCCCGAUGCGCCUCCAGCAUAUGGAAGCCAUCAUGACCAGCUUCAGUUCUCACGGACGGGAUUCGAGGCCGGGGCGGAGGUAACAGGCGACGGGAGAAUUAACAUUAGCAUCAACACCAAGAACAAGAGACUCGCAGAGCUUCUUGCACCAAGCAUCGCCAGCCAGGUUGAUGCCCAACCAUCACUACCGCCGGUGUACACACUACCGAGUCUCACAGGUGAGCCUGGCAAGGAAGCUCCCCCACGACUCAAUGUUGUCAUCCAAAUCGUUGGAUCGCGUGGCGACGUCCAGCCGUUCGUUGCCCUCGGAAAGGUCCUUAAGGAAACGUACGGCCACCGAAUCCGUAUCGCAACGCAUGCAACUUUCAAGACCUUUGUCGAAGAGAAUGGCCUCGAGUUCUUCAGCAUAGGGGGUGACCCUGCCGAACUCAUGGCUUUCAUGGUGAAGCAUCCAGGUCUCAUGCCUGGCUUAGAUGCUUUGAAGAGCGGCGAGAUUAGCAAGCGCCGUAGAGGUGUUCAGGAGAUGAUGCUUGGGUGCUGGAGGAGACUUGAGCCCUGGGAUCCAUCCGCGGGCAUGCCUGGAGACCCGAACCAUGAGCCGUUCGUGGCUGACGCAAUCAUUGCAAACCCGCCUAGUUUUGCUCACAUUCACGUCGCAGAGAAGCUUGGAAUACCUUUACACAUGAUGUUUACAAUGCCUUGGUCGCCUACACGAGCGUUUCCUCAUCCACUGGCUAAUAUUCAAUCUUCAAAUGCCGAUGAUGUCCUCACUAACUACCUGACUUACACGCUUGUUGAAAUGAUGACAUGGCAGGGACUGGGAGAUGUCAUCAACCGCUUCCGAGAAAAUGCGCUGGAUCUCCCUCCUCUAUCACUCAUCUGGGCCCCAGGCCUUCUCAACAGACUCAAGAUUUCUUAUACUUAUUGUUGGUCCCCGGCCUUGAUCCCGAAGCCAAAUGAUUGGGGCCCACACAUCGAUGUUGCGGGCUUUUACUUUUUGAAUCUUGCAUCUUCAUAUACGCCGGAGCCGGACCUUGCUGCCUUUUUAGAGGCUGGGCCUCCUCCGGUGUAUAUCGGUUUUGGUUCCAUUGUGGUGGAUGAUCCAAAUGCUAUGACGAGACUAAUAUUGGACGCUAUCCACCUGGCUGGCGUACGCGCUCUAGUUUCCAAGGGAUGGGGAGGCCUGGGAGUUGAUGCGGUAGGACUGCCUGAUGGUGUAUUCAUGCUCGGAAACGUCCCCCACGACUGGCUUUUUGAAAGAGUCUCUUGUGUUGUCCAUCACGGCGGCGCUGGAACGACCGCAGCUGGCAUCAAAGCCGGCAAACCCACCAUUGUCGUUCCGUUCUUUGGUGACCAGCCAUUUUGGGGAGCCAUGAUUUCGAGGGCCAAGGCUGGACCUGAUCCAAUCCCUCACAAAACCUUGACUGCUGAGAAGCUUGCCGAAGCGAUCAAGUUCUGUCUUCGGCAAGAGACACAAGAUCAAGCUCAAGCGCUUGGCCGCAAGAUUCGAGAGGAGAAUGGUGCGGAAACUGGAAGCCGAAGCUUUCAUAAUCACAUCGAUAUAGAUUCGCUUCGCUGUUCGGUGGCUCCUAGUCGAGCCGCAGCAUGGCGCCUGAAGAAGACAAAGGUGCGGCUCAGUCCUCUGGUUGCCGCCGUUCUCGUCGAACGGCGUCUCCUCAAAUACUCAGACCUGAAACUAUACCGCCCGUACGAGUAUAAUACAGAAGAUCAGCCUCCUGACCCCAUCACCGCGGGCGCAACAUCUCUAGUGACCGAUAUUAGUGACAUAGGCAUGGCUAUAGUGGACAUGCCUUUGGAUAUAUUUAAAAGCCCGAGGAAAGCUAGGGAACGUUGCGAUGCUGCCAGUCAAGCUAGUGGUGAUGAGAGCGACCCAGAAUCAAGGUCCAACUCAAUCAAAGGGCGCUCCGGUAGAAUAACACCUACAACUGCCAGCAUUGCAGACACUGCAGGCGACCCAAACUCUGCAGCACUGCUUGUACAGUCUCCCUCAUUACCCACUGAAGUCAGUCGAACUAGGUCUCCCACCGCCGGUAGCCCAGGAGGAAGUCGGUCGUCAUCUCGCCGAAGGGCGCUUUCUGCAGCUGCAACGAUGGAGGCUGCAGUCGGAACGAGCAAGAAUGUUGGGCGCAUCGUGACUACAGGAGUCAAAUCUCCCAUGAACUUUUGUCUCGGUCUCGCAAAAGGGUUUAGGAACAUUCCACGACUGUACAAUGACGAUACUGUUCGAGCUGUUGAAAAGGUCACAGACUUUAACAGUGGCGUACGGGUCGCAGGUAAAGAAUUUGGAUUCGGCCUUUAUGAUGGAAUCUCGGGGCUAGUAACGCAGCCAAUGAGAGGGGCACAGAAACAAGGUGCUGCUGGGCUGAUCAAAGGCGUCGGGAAGGGCAUCGGAGGGCUCAUCGCAAAGCCCGCGGCAGGAUUUUGGGGUCUCCCAGCAUACGUGAUGCAAGGCGCCUAUGCUGAGCUUAACAAAUUUCUAUCGAGGAGCGUGCAGAAUUACAUCAUCACCUCGAGGGUUGUCCAAGGAGAACGAGAUAUGCAGAAUGCAUCGGAAGGAGAAAAGGCCGAUAUCCUUUAUCGAUGGAAACAUGAUGCUGAUCUGAGAGCCCUUUACCAAAAAAGUACAAGUAGCCAGGAACCAGAUGAUGCUUCUCGGAACUCGGGCCGCAGAAAUAGGCGUUCUUCCUCCCCCGCCCCGAGAAAUGUAGACGCUACCUCUGCUGUUGAUACAGAAUACGAGGCAGCCAUUCGAGCUUCGGUCUUGGAGACUUCGCGUGGAGAUGCAGAGGAAGACGCCAUGAUUGAAGCAGCUAUUCGUGAGAGCGUCAAAGCUAUGCGACAACAGGGUUCUCUGCCAGACCCCAUUCGCUUGGCCAUGGAUAGCAAGCACCAUGACAUUUUCGCGGAUGAGGAGUAUAAGAUUACGGACGAAGAAUACCAGGACCUAAUCGAGCAGGCCAUUCGCGAAAGCAUGAUAGGACAUGUGGGCGACUUCCCUAUACCAUCAGGGUCUGGUGCCCAGGAGCUCGACGCCGUGGAUACCGCCAUACCAACUCAUGGUGGCGAACCUCGUAGCAGUGGCUCGGUGUUGACUCCGACGAGCGACGAGGAUGCCGAUUUGCAACGGGCCAUUGAAGAAUCUCGCAAGGUGGCUCCUACUCUUCCACCACGCACUUCGCCACCCCAAGAACAAGAUGAGGAUGAGGAUGAGCAUUUCCGGAGAGCUAUUGAGGCAUCUAAAGAUGAGAUGGAGAGGGCACGAAACGAGAGGACAGAGGAAGAGAUUGUGAUGGAAUAUGUCAAGAAGCAAAGCCUCGCUGAAGAAGAGUUUAGGAAACAGCAGCUGGCUAAAGGGAAGAGUAAAGAAGUACCCGAAGCGACAAACGAUGGUGAGGAUGAUGAUGAAGAGCUGAGGAGAGCCAUUGAAGAAAGCUUGAAGAUGAGCGGUGGAAGUGGAUCUGUACCAUCGGGCUCUUGA